AUGCGGUUCAAACCAACGAUACUGCUCCAAGACGAAUCCGAUCUCCACUUACCACGCGUCCUUUGCCUUCACGGGGGUGGUACCAACGCCCGCAUCUUCCACGCUCAGUGCCGCGGUAUUCUCAAACACUUGCACCGCGAAUUCCGCUUCGUCUUUGCACAAGCUCCAUUUCCUUCCGUAGCCGGUCCGGACGUACUUUCUGUGUACAAAGAAUGGGGCCCAUUCCGGCGCUGGCUGGAGUCUCCUCCUGAUGAUUCCGAGUUCCCUUCACAGCAGACAGUCAUUGAGCUAGACAGAGCGCUCGAGGAUGCCAUGCACCGUGAUACAAUGAGAGGUGCCACUGGCAACUGGGUGGGAGUGAUGGGCUUUAGUCAGGGUGCCAAACUCGCUGCCAGCUUGCUAUAUCGUCAACAAGAAGGUCUAUCGAAGACCAACUUUCGCUUCGGUAUUCUGCUCGCCGGGAGCGCGCCUUUGGCAAUACUUGAUCAGGAUUGGGAUUUACAAGCUAUUUUCAAGUCCUUGCCCAAAUCAAGGCAUCCAGAUGCUGUGCUGUCAAUCCCGACUAUCCACGUGCAUGGGUGUCGUGAUGCGGGCUUGCAUCGCCACCGCCAGCUAUAUAAGUCGUGUCAACAAGACACUGCAAGGCUUGUCGAGUGGGAUGGAAACCAUCGAGUACCGAUCAAGUCUAAGGAUCUUUUGCCUUUGGUACAGCAAAUAAGGGAGGUUUCGCAGGAUGCACAUUAUGGCGGGACCAGCUUUUCUGUCCCUUUGGAUUUCAAGCCUUCAGUUUCUUGUUUAGAAGUAGAAGUUUAG